GUGGAGGCUGCGGUGAGAGCGGGGACUGAAGAAUUAGGCUGCUCUUACGUGUUAUCUAAUGCUGAGAAAAGGCUGACAAAUUUUGAUUGAAAAACAAUCACUUCUUACUGUAAGUGGAAAAAAUGGGAAUGUUUUGAAGAUAAACCUCCACUUGAAGAGGAAACUGACAAAAGCAUGAAAAUGCUGCCUGUUCUACCACUCAACUUGCUACCCCAGUUCCUGCCCUUCCUCAAGCUGGGAACUCGGAGACCAAGCAGCAACAACUGUGCUUCGGAUGGUCAGGCCCUAGGACACUGCAGUGUAUGAGGACCUGUCUGUGGACUAUACUGAGAAGAAGUGGAAAGGUCUGGCCCUUUACCGGAACAUGAUGUUGGAAAAUAACCGCAGCACAGCCUCAUUGGCAGGUAGAAACAUGAUGGAGAGUUCAGAGUUGAUGCCAAAGCAGGAAAUUUCUAACGGAUCAGAGUCAUCUGAUAGGAUACCAGGAGGACUCUUUGGGCUGGUUCCUGGGGGAACAGAGGCUGGAGAUGUCCAUGAAGAUACUUUCGAGGAGCUAGAAAUGCCACCCUCAGAUGAAGAAGGGAGCAGACUAGAAAGUGUUUUCUUGGAAAUAACAGGUAAGGAUAAGAAAAAAUCCACAAAAGACAGGUGUGAGGAACAUAAGAAGGUUGGGGAACAUCGAAAUCUGUCUUCUAGUCCUGCUGAACAUAAAGGAACUCUAAAAGGACAGAAAUCCUAUCAGUGUGGUGAAUGUGGCAAAGCUUUCAGCUGGAGUUCACACCUCAUUGGCCAUCAGAGAAUCCACACUGGAGAGAAACCCUAUGUGUGUAAUGAAUGUGGUAAGACCUUCAGGCAAACCUCUCAGCUCAUUGUUCAUCUCAGAACACACACGGGGGAAAAACCCUAUGAAUGCAGCGAGUGUGGAAAGACCUAUCGUCAUAGCUCCCAUCUCAUUCAACACCAAAGACUUCACAGUGGAGAGAAACCUUAUAAAUGCAAUGAAUGUGGAAAAGCUUUUAAUCAGAGUUCCAAACUCUUUGACCACCAGAGAACUCAUACUGGGGAGAAACCUUAUGAAUGCAAGGAGUGUGGGGCGACCUUUAGUCGGAAUAAAAGUCUUGUGCGACAUCAGGUCCUUCACAGUGGUAAGAAACCUUACAGGUGUAAUGAGUGUGGGAGAGCUUUCUGUUCUAAUAGAAAUCUCAUAGACCAUCAGAGAAUCCACACUGGGGAGAAGCCUUAUGAGUGUAAUGCAUGUGGCAAGGCCUUCAGUCGGAGCAAAUGUCUUACUCGACAUCAGAGCCUCCAUACUGGGGAAAAGCCAUACAAAUGUAGCGAAUGUGGGAAAGCCUUCAAUCAGAUCUCUCAACUUGCUGACCAUGAGCGAAGUCAUACUGGAGAAAAACCAUUUAAAUGUAGUGAGUGUGGUAAGGCAUUUAGUAUGAGUAAAUGUCUUAUUCGGCACCAGAGACUUCACACAGGUGAAAAGCCCUAUAACUGCAAUGAGUGUGGAAAAUCCUUCAAUCAAAACUCCUACCUCAUUAUACACCAGAGAAUUCACACUGGUGAGAAACCCUAUGAAUGUAAUGAGUGUGGAAAGGUCUUCAGUUAUAGUUCCAGCCUUAUGAUACAUCAGAGAACACAUACUGGGGAAAAACCCUAUAAAUGCAACGAUUGUGGAAAAGCCUUUAGUGACAGCUCACAGCUUAUUGUGCACCAGAGAGUUCACACUGGAGAGAAACCUUAUGAAUGUAGUGAGUGUGGGAAAGCCUUUAGUCAGCGCUCCACUUUUAAUCACCACCAGCGAACUCACACUGGAGAGAAGCCCUCAGGUCUGGCUCGGUCAGUUUCUUAAGGCAUGGUUCUCUGAGACAGAGUGAAGACCUUUGAGUUAAGCUUUCUUUAUAAGAAGGAUAUUCACACCGUGGUCUUCCCUUGGAAACACUAAUCAACGUGGACCAUUGCCUGCCUGGUUUCCUUUGGGUCACUAAGCUGGCAGAGUGGGAAUAACUUAGUUUGAUCCUUACCCUACUACUAGGAAAGUAAGGACUACACAUUUCAUUUACUUGUAGGUUUCCUUCUCUCUUUCUUUUUUAAACUAUUUUAAAAUCAAAUUUUUUAGUAUGAAUUCCAUAAUCAGAUUCUGUGUUUCUCAAGAACAGCAAUUAUAUCUUUUUUAUUCUACUGGAAUUCCUCCAUUUCAUCACUUAAAUGAAGUCAUUCUACAAGUUUAUUCUUUCCUGCUUCUUGCUACUUUUUAAAUUUAGAUUGUAAUCUAUAUCCUCUCAUCAUUUUUCUUUUCUACCUAGAAAACCUUUUCUUCCUGUUUGGUAAUCAUGUCUCACAAUGUUCACGAUUCAUCUCAUCUCUGAAAGGCUUUCUUCUUCAAAUGA